UUUACAUGGAUUCGUCCUCCGCCAUGCUGGUGUUGCAGUGAUCGCGUAAAUCGACACGAGUACGCAUAUUAAUCGCCGAUCAGUGACGAGUGGAUCCGUUCGAAGGGAACCAGACCUUGGAAAUUAGUGUUCCUCCAAUCUUCGCCGAGUUUCCGGUUUCAUUGAACGAUUGAAUAUUCCGGAUCUUCUACCCACGAAUUGUGAUUUUUGCCCUCCUCGAAUGUGGCCGACAGGAAGAUGAAACCGCGACAUUGUGACGGAAGACACGAUCCAAGCUGGGACGAUCGUCCGUUCUCAUAGCAGUCCGUCGAUCCCACAAAUUCGAAAUUAACACAAUUCAGAAUUCCAAUUGAGAAUUCCUCUUUCUUAACCCCUUCGAAAAUUUAUCUUUUGCACGGUUACAAAGGACCAAAAAAAUCUUCGAUCGACGUAUUAUAACGAAGUCGAUCGCCUGACAGGCGAAUGCAACUCGUUGAAUUCUAUCAAAAGCGAAUUCUACCGUAGGGGUAAGAUCGUGACACGGCAUGCGGUUGUACAGGAAAUAAGUGGGAAACUGUCGUGCUGGAAACAUGUUGCCGAAUUACUUGAUAGGGGCGGCAAUUGUACUUGCGGUUGCCACCGUCUGUCGCGCGGAGUGCCAGACUCGUUCUAUUUAUUGCUACGAAUGCGACUCGUGGACGGAUCUGAGAUGCAAGGAUCCUUUCAAUUACACCGCACUUCCGAGGGAUCAACCGCCUCUUAUGACUUGCAAUGGAUGUUGCGUAAAAAUGGUUCGCAAUGCAAAGUCACCGUAUGAGAGCGUGAGGCGGACCUGCACUUCGCAGCUACAGAUAAACUUAUUCAUGGUGGAUCACGUGUGCAUGAUGGAAAGUACCGGCACUGGUCACAUGUGCUUCUGUGAGGAGGAUAUGUGCAAUCGUGUCUCCUCGACCUCGUGUUCGAAUCCCGCACUCCUGCUGAUCCUGUCGACCAUCCUUGUACUACGCUCGGUCAUCUUAGGGGCCCCAGCUUGCUUUGUAGAACGUUGCAAUGGUCACGUCGUAUAACACCAAUUCAACUCGAUUCACCCGCCAGUGAUUCCGAUCAUAUCCUCCGUAGAAUUUUAGUUUUAGCAGGCGACUAAAAAUUCUGCUCGGGACGAGCGAUAGAUUACUCCCCCUUUUCACAUUCCUCGUCGUCCGAAUCGAACCGUUCGUCUACACGUGUCUUUUUCUUUUUUUUUUUUCGUAGAAAGGAAGAGGAUCUUGUCGAUUCGUAUUCGUGCGAGAUUGUUACCAUUUCAAUUGUACAUCUGAUUGGACAAUGAUUCGUCGACUUAAGGAUCCUCUUCUUUCUUUUCUUCUUCUUCUUCUUCCUUUCCUCUUCGAAGAUUAUUUGCACCGUGCAUCGCUCGCCCCGACCCCUUCUUCGGUGUAAACAGUAGCGAAAAACUCUUGACCGUGUUUUCGUGUAGAUCAAUCAUUCGUCGUUGUCCUCUCUGUCACGAUUUCACGCCUCUACUCUUUUUUUCUUCUUCUUUCCAUUCACUUGGCUCCUUCCAAUUUUUAACGAGUAGAGAAAAAGUAUUCGGUGAACGAGUAUACGAAAUCUAUUGUAGUGUUUUUUAGUAUCGUGAAAAGAUUGAAAUUAUCGAGAUAUAUAAAUUAUCGCGAGUGAUUUUUUUUAAAUUCAUUCACGGUAGAAUGAAACAAAGAUAGAGUGAAAUUUUAACUGCCAAGAAGAAAAUCGUGUAUUAUAGAGCCGCGUAAAAAAAAAAGAACAAAAUUCUCAAAAAUACGUUCUUUAAAUCGUUGAUGCAUUUUCCCCGCGAUGAUUUAUCGAUUAUGAAUUAUUUUUCGACGAAGGUUUGCUGCAUGUCCAUUUAAGUAUAUAAUUAUUAUACGUUUACCUUCACUAUUCGUUGAUUGUUUUUUAUCCCUCAAGUGAAUCUAUGCAUCUUAUUAGAUUAGAAUUAAAAAAACUUUCUCCUCCCCCCUUCUUCACUCCCUCAAUUCAUUUGUUCUUAAAAGUUUCGAACAUUUCGUUUCCUUGUUGUUAGAUCACAACAAACAUCUUGACGAUCGAAUCGAGCUGCUCCUGAUAUGUGCGAUAAAAAUAGUUAUAGUUUCGCCGUAAUGUCGUGAUAUUUUUGGAAUGUUUUUCAUUUCAAAGUUCUCACUGGCUUGCCGUUCAAUGUAUCUGUUUCCAUGUAUCCGCAGAUUCGUCACUUUCGACCGAGCGAAUGUGAAGGAAAAAAAAAAAAAAAGAAAAGAAAAGAAAAGAAAAGAAAAAAAAGAUACAGUAGGUACAGUGUUUGCAGCGUUGUUCGAUCAUUGCAAGAUCAUAGGAGUUUAAUGUGUAUAUCAAAUAGCUAUAUUUAUCUCACACGUUUUACCGCUUCCCCAUUGUGCGCACACCUUGCACUGGGAAUGAUGGACUUUCUCCAGGCAGAAUUGUUCAAAUGGCGAAGAACGAAACGAGUUGUGACACGGAGGGAAAGAAACAGACUCGAUGAACAUCCGUAUUUGCGAGUUGUCGAUGAUGUUGGAGAGAAUAUUAACUCGUUAAGAUUAUUAAUCGAGUCUCAAGAGUUUUAUAUCGAAAAUUUAAAAGGAGGAAAAAACUCCAAAAUGUUUAUUCAAAUUUUGAUGAGAGAACGAACAGCAAAAUUGGAGAUUCUUUUUAUACAAGAUUUCGAUUUUUAGAUGAUGCUAGCUUCUCUUUUAAACAGCUUUAAUCGAAUUUCUGUCACGAUAAUAUGAUCAACAUUUUCGACGAUACUCUGUUUCUUAUCAUCGUGUCAUAAUAAUUCUUGCAUUAAGAUUCUUCGCCACUGAUUGUGCCCCCUUUAUAUGUUUAUCCAUUUGCCAUUUUUUUUACGAGACAUUGAUGUUUUGCGCGCCGUGCAUAAAAUAUUAGCGAAACGGGAAUGGAGCUUAUAAGUAGAUCACCACAAGACCUGGCCGCAUGCCCAUCUGAGAACAAAACAUCGUGAAUGAAAAGCAACGACUGGAGCAGGCGAGGAUCGACACCAGCAGAUUUUUUUCGAGUUGUUCUACGUUUUUCCAGUUGUUGGAAUCGAGCGCGUGCACCUUUCUCGAUCAAUAUUUUAUCAAGUUUCGAUUCUAUUAUUAUUGGAAACUAUUUUAACUAUUCGAAUAUUUUUUCAAUAAUCUUUAACAAUUGUUAUUACAAUUUGAUUCUUACUUCGAUAUCUUAAAAUUUCAACAAAGAAUUAAUAUAUCUUAAUUUCAUAACAGUUAAAGAGAUCAAGAUUGAUCAAUAAUUGACUCGAGAUCAAAUGUUUUGAUUCAAUAAUGACUUGAUUGAUCGUGGAACGGCGCAAGCGCACGUAGUACGACACGGCAGUAGUAUUAGUGAGUUGUGCAACUACAUAUCUAACAGAAGCGUGUCCCCACACGUGGAAGGAAGAGAACUUGGAGCAUGGAACUGUAGCACUUUUCAGUAACAGUGAAAGUCACGGCAGAGGAAACGUGAAAACUACAGCCCUUCUCUCCUCCCCCCACGGACGAGAAACCUUUGCUCAAUCGAAAUUGCCCCCUAUAUCGUCACGCCCCUUAAUUUUCCUCUGUCCCGCGACUUUCGUGUCGCAACGCAGUAAACACCUUGCAUGACACUUGCAUGAAUCUGUUGUUAGUGAUUCUGCGAAAAAUCUGGGUAUCCCGUAGUCGUUGCUUCCAAACAGGAAACAGACAUUUCCAAACUCUCUUUCAUUUUCGAGGAAACAAUCUUCUUUGGAAAAUUAAACCAAAAUAUCAAAAGCUACGUUAGAUUUGAUUUGUCUGUGUCCCGGACGAGGCCCGGCUCCGAAACAGAACAACCCUCUGUAACACAAAAACCUUCCACCCCGACGAAUGCAACGCGAGGCAGAUCGAACCAACAGGAAAAAAGCACAACGUGGGCCUUCAGCUUCGAUCGUGCCACGCCAUCAUUUUUGAGUAAACGAAUAAGCGGGAAUCAGGGGCGGUGCGCUUUCAAGGCUUUCCGGGUGGAUUUGUUAUGAUCCAUAUCGUUAUGCAUCACACGCAGCGAAGGGCUCGAUCGACGAAAAGAAAGGCGACCAACGACUCGUUCGAUAUUUUUCGAUUCACGCUUCGAAACCACGCUAAUCGAAUGGACGAUUACGGUUCACAUAUCUUGUUCCAGGAUAUGGCUGGCACGGCCAAGUUGAACGCGCAUGUCCUCACAGAGAGGCUUCCCCUGUGCGAAGCCUCUUGCCAAACAAGCUUCGGUGCUUGCUUGAGUUUAAAAGCGAGCUAACCGGUGUUUCUCUGGCAAGCCAUGCGGCUCGUGUCGCGUCAUUUGUUCAUUGUCGCACGCGCGGCUGCGAGGCUAUCUUCUCUACUCUCUAUUCUCUACAAUUUUUUUUUUUUUUUUUAAUUUCACUUAUGCGUCGUUUCUCUUCUAUCUGUCUGCCCCUUUUUAUUUCCAGUUUGUCAUUGCGCGACCGAUCCACUAGCAUCUUCUAUGGAUUGGAGCGAGUAUGGAAGAUCGAAGAUGAUUGUUGAGAAUGUGUAAGAAAGAUCCGGUAAGGGAGGUAUUGGCCGUUCUUUUUUCUCCCCUUCCCCUCCCCCCAAUCCGAUCUCCUAAUUCGAUUUUCGUCGGUCGGUCAAUCGUCAAGAUUAGGAAAAAGAAAAAAAAAGAAAGAAAGAAAGAGAGAGAAAAAAAUGUGAAAUGGGUAGAAAAGAACGUGCGACAGGCAGGAGAGGGGAGCAGCAAUGACAACACUGACGUCAGCAUGUAACACGAGCGAAAUCUCCAUUUUUAAGUUUGGCCUCGCAGCUGGAAAGUAUCCACGUAACGCUACCGAUACAACUAUAUACUACCAUGCGAAGUAAUGGCGGAUGCGCUGAGCCGAAUCUUAAACAGCUCGAUCGAACUUGAACUGGAUUCUAGAAAGAACUAACUACUACUAGAAUUCUGUUUAGACGAAUGAAGGAAACGUAAAUUUCUUUUUUUUUUUUCUCAUUGUAUAAUUGUUUGCACUUCUAACGAUGAAAACUUUUUUUUAACAAUGUUUCAGAACGUCAACAGAGUUCCGUUCAGUUCUCGAUCGAGACUGUUUCAGUUUCAACAAAAUGAGAACAAAAAAAUGACACAAUGGUGGAUCGAUACAUUUUGAUUUUUUUUUUUUACCCGCCUGUUUACACGAAAAGCUAUAAUAAUCCAAGUUGCUUGCAUAAGAAUCGAAGGUGAUAUCAUUUUUUUUAUUCGGUGUACACACACAAAAUUUGUCUCUUGUUCAAAGAUCGAUGUGUUGUACGAUUGCGCAAAGAUAAGACGCCCAAUCUUAUGUACCACAUACGCUCUGAAACACUUUUUAUCUCGAUGUUUUGAUGAUGAACAUUGGCCAUAAAUUGAAUGACGUAUGAUCAAUAUAUAUAUAUAUUUUACGAUGCAAGUGUCAACAAUCCUCCCUUAUGUCUCCACGUGUAUCGAUGUGUAUCGAUUUUUGUAUGAUCGUUGCCCCGAAAUGUUUAUUUAUUUAUUUUUUUUUAUCACUUGUUGGCUCUUCGUUCAUGUGUCAGUUCAGUUGAUUUUAUUAAAAAAAGAUUUGAUAUUAUCUAUUAUUAUUAUUAUUAUUAUUAUUAUUAUUAUUAUUAUAUACGAUGGCAUGAAAUGAUGUUUCGAUGGUAAAGUAGCGAUUUUUCGAUUAUACUUUUUGGCACGUGAUUUCGUUGUUCCCUAGUUAGCUCCAUACGGACACGAUUUUGUUUCAAGCUCGUCGAUUGUUGCCUUAAAGCAUAUGAGUUUCUUAUAUUAUUGUUGUUUCGAAUGAUAAUAAUAAUGUUUACAAAGAGUGAAGAGAUGAAUAUCUAGUUCAUAAGUGAAAUGGAAUAUCGAUUAUUUUUGUUGCUUGUAUAGCCUUUACAUAUAUAUAUAUAUAUAUAUUUUAAUCGUGAUUGAUUAAUUAAAUCAAACGUUAAUAUUGUUUUUUAAAAAAAGCGGAUAGAUAAUUAAGCUUAAGUAAUAUGAUAAGCUUGUUUCGUUACGUUUUCACGAUGUGACUAAAGAUUGACGUUUUUUUUUCUCUUUUUUUUUUUUUUACAGAAUAAAACGUACGUUUAGAAAUUAUCAGGUGUUAUCAUCGCGGCAUCUUUCUUAAUAAGAGGGGAAGGAUAGGAAUCAGAAAUCGCAGGUGAUAGGGUGAUAUGAUAAAUUUACUCGAUGCACAUAUCGUUGCCUCUCACGGAGUAAUAGUAAUACAAUUUCUCGAUGAAUGAACAUAAUUAAGAGAGUUUAAUCGAGAGAGUUGAUUUUGAUAUAGCGUUAAAAAAAUAUAAAUUUUAAGCGGUAUCAGUAUUAGCGCGAGAAAUUUUAACGAUACGAAAAUAUAUAUAUCGAGCUUGGAAGAAGAAGCUCAUCAUCCCAUUUCCUCUCACUUUUAAACGAGUGCGUGAGCGAACGAAUUACAUGCCCUAACGUUUGUUAAUUUUUUUACCAAAUUUAACCGAUAGCGGUUAUCAUGGGAUAGCGUUAAACAGCGCUUAGCUAUAAAACAUGUGAGCCGCGUCGAGUAUUUUCGAGCACGUAGUAUUAAGAGAAUCUGUGUAGAAGUGGAAAGAAAUGAUUGACGAUUCUCGUAAAAUUAAGAGGGAAAUUAAAAAUUGGAAAAAAAAAAAAAGAAGAAUUGGACUCAUCAUCAUCGAUCCUUUUUUAAACAGAUGUAUAUAUAUAUAUAUCAAAAAAUUAUUUAGAGACGCGACUAAUACAUAGAUAUUUUUUUGAACAUUUUAGAACAAAAAAUAUUAUUUAUCCAUGCGAGCUUUCGAAACGCUGAACGAGUUAAUCGAGAAUAAUGGUGCGAUAUAGUAGAUUGUUCCAGUUGUAGUUAAAGAUUAACGGACAGUAUAUGGAUCGUUACAAACGCCAUAGAAGAAACGUGUUCAGAAAUUAGAGGUGAUAGAAAGUUGUAAAGGGCAUAUUGUAAUUUAACGAUUGUUGAUACGAUUAAAAAUGGUAUAUAUAUGUAUAUAUACCAUUGUGUACAUAAUGGUAUAUGUAUAAAUAUAUGUAUAUAUACGAGUCGCAAUUUAAUUGUUAAAUGCGAGUAUCAGAUAUUAAAACAAGCGAUACUUUGUUGACGUAUCUCAAUGAAGGAUAAUAUAUAUAUCUAUGUGUAUAUAUAUAUAAGCUUUCCUUUUCUCUUUAUAUUGUUUUAUAGAUAAGAAGAAAAAUUAUCGAUGUAUUAUAUCAAAGUGAUAUAUUUUCCUCACGCGAAUUAAUUAUUAAACUGAUGAAAGAAUUUUUGCGAAGGGAAGGAAUUGUUAAAAAAAAGAGAAAAAAAAAAAAAAAAAAAAAGAAUUAGACCGAGUUGCGAUACAUUUUUUUCUAAAGAUUGGAAAUGAAAGUAACUUAUGUGGCCUACUAUUGGUCAGAUUUGUUGUCAUAUCGUAUCAGAAUUCGCAAUAAAAUUUAUAUAUCACUGAA